AGCGGGGUAGCGGCUUUGCGCGUCUUGCGUCGGGCCUUGCGACUCAACAGCUUCAUUCGGUGACAGAUGGUGUGUUGAGGUCAAUAUAUACCAUCUGUCAUCAUGCCUCUCGAUGAAGAAGGCGCCAAAUGGUCAUGUGAGCCAUGUAUCCGUGGCCAUCGAUCGUCAAAAUGCCAGCAUUUCGACAGACUGAUGAUGAAAGUCCCCAAAGCCGGGCGUCCGCUUGCGAAAUGUCCUCAUCCGAAAGGCACAUGCAGCUGUCAGAAGUUGUAUGCGUUCAUGAUUCGUAUACCGAAAGGUCCUACUUGUCUCUGCAGGCCAGUAUACCAACUGCCCGCUGAUGGGGAUGAGACCGGUCAGCCUACCAUUCCCACGCCGCCGGCCUCGAUUCCUCCGAUGGCUUCCCCGGUACCGGGCAAAGUGCAGAAGUCCGGCAGAAGGCAAAGCAAUCUUCAAGCGGCACCGGAGAAUAUUGUCAAAGCAUUGGACUCGGUAUCCCAAUUCGAAGCCCCGCAAAUUCAGAAUGGAAUUUCGAAUAACUUAUCUUCCUAUCCGGCUCAUACGCCUGCAUUUAACAACUCAUAUGGACCUUUGAACCUAGGAUUCAAUGGAAACAUGACCCAGCAUUCUUUUGACCAAGUCGAAAGUUCAACACAACAGAAAGGCAGCUGUUGCUCCAGUAAAUCCGAACCGCCCAAACCAGUUCAGGCCAAAGGUCCUUGUUGCGGAAAGUCGGAUUCACCAGCGGAUAACAGCCCCAGUGGUGAGACCGGGAUAGAAGAAAGUAAAGGUUCUCAUGUCGCACCUUUGCAUGGGAUGCCGUAUCCUCCAUUCUCAACCCCUCAGGUAUCGACUUGGCAGGAUUUCAAUGUACCGGGACAAGGUCAAUACAUGCAGCCUUUUGUCAUGCAUCAACCACAGGCUCAACUGCCAGCUUAUCUGCCUGAAUACAUGUCCAGCAAUGCCACACCCACCCCGAUGGGCUACCCACACCAAAGCAUUUCCCAAGAUAUAUUUGCUCAGCCUCCCUUGUCAUCUUUACCCGAGAAUGCUCCGCAAAACUUCACAUUUACACCUCCGCCCACAUUUGAUAGUGAUUCAACCCAUGAGUGUAGAUGUGGUGACGGCUGCCAGUGCUUAGGUUGUGCUUCCCACCCAUAUAACAACACCACGAGACAGCAUGUUCAGGAAAUGGGUCUCUUGGUUACUCUUGAUGAUGGAAAGCAAAGCCCAGACAAAAUGAAUGGCCACCAAAACCACUUCCCUGCAAGCACUAAUGGAACACCAUUGGCCUACUCCUUCCCUCACUUCGGCCAUCAGCUGAAUGAUGAUAUUCAAGCGAACGCAAUGCACUCGUAUCCUGAACAGACAGCUUACCCCCACAAUGGCUACUCAUCUCCCACCGACUAUGCCCAGCAGCUAAUGGAGCCUUCGGAAUACUAUACUCUCGAGUACCCUGUGGGACUACCAAAUGCUUGUUCUGACAUGUCUGGCAGUUGCCAGUGCGGAAAUGACUGCAGCUGCAUUGGAUGUCUUACCCACAGCGGCCACAACGGUGUUCCGCUCGAGCCUCCAGUUACGACUGCCGAAGAUGCUGUUCACCAAGCAACGCAGGAACCGUGGUCGUCUUCAAUCCCAGCGGGCGUUGAUUCGUCGCGGAUACCAGUGUUGGAUAACCUCUCUGUUCCAGCUUCGAGUCCACAAGCCAUAGACCCAUGAACCACUCAGCCCUGUCUUACGAGGAGAUUGUUAGACAUUCUGAGUGUCUCACGGGAAAUUUUUGAUGAUUAUGAUACCCCCCUCCAUAGAUACUGAAUCUUAGAGCUCACGAACGUUUCUUUCUCACUUCCUGUUUCUUACUUAAUCUUUGGCGGAUACGGAAAAAGGAUACCUUAAGGCGCACUUUGGUUUAUUCCCCUCUCUUUUGUUUGAGUCAAUUGCUCAUGCUGGUUACUUUUCAAUGACUUUUUUUUUGUUGUGCGGUGUCCCUUCAAUGUACUUAUUUCUAAAAGGACCGGUUUGUCUUAACGACAUGGAUUGGAAUGGUCAUGAAAUAAGAAUUUGCUUUACGGACUAUGCAAUUGACCUGAUUUAAUAAGCCCUGAGAUUCGAAUAUAAUCGAAAAGGGCAAAGGAGUCAAACUACCGAGAUUCCUAGGAAUGUGAUGUAAGAGGUGCACAAAAGGUGCACAAACUUGAAAAAA